CAUCGCAAGCCUCCUCUUGAGCAUUUUCGCAAUCGAGGCGUUCGACGAAGGUCGUCAUCACUAUGUGCAAACUCGCCCAAGUCUAUUACGGACAAUGCAACCACGAAGGUCGUCAUCACUAUGUGCAAACUCGCCCAAGUCUAUUACGGACAAUGCAACCACGAAGGCCGCUACAUUUACUUCUGCAACGACGCCAAAGACACUCACCGCGGACGGCAACCAUGUAAAAACCUCGAACUUCCCGCCCCGAUUUCAACCAUCUGGAGCCACUGCAGCGAGGGUUGCUGCUCAGAGGCCUACGAAAUGCUCCGUCGCCGAAUCUUCGCCUUCGAUCAAGAAGCCGCCGACGCCCUGACAGAAAUCGGCCGACAUGGGGGCUGGUGGGAGCCCGGGGCGAAGAAACUCACGGCUGCUCGUCAGCGAUCCAUCGCCCUGAGCCAGCAACUAGCCGACAUGCAGAAUGAUUGCGAUCGAUGGUGUGGCAGGGAUAUCUUCCUCUACGAAUCUCCUGAGCCAGGGUCUAAGAAUAAUGAACCUGCGAGAAUUAUUGAAGAUCGGCCAAUUCCGUUCUGUUUGACGAGUGAUGGAGAGAUCUUUGAGACGCCUAGGGGCGAGGACGUCUCUUUUCGCAUGUUCAAGACGGUAUAUUUGAUCAAUGCGGAGCUUUUCCGUAAGUGGUUGCCGAGUGUGCAAUUCUACGACGCUCAGAGCCCGGGCUAGGACGAUUGUUGUCGAGGAGUACUGAGAGACGCUGUGUUUGAGCAAAAU